UUUCCCCCCAUACCCCUCCCACUCAGGCGCGAGCCCCACCCCUCCGCCAGCCAGGCCGACCCGGCCAAAGUAUCCCCUGCGGCGCUAGCCCGGGGCGGCCCCGGGCGCCCCCCAGCAGACCUCCCAUCAUGGGCAGCCAGAGCUCCAAGGCUCCCCGGGGCGACGUGACCGCCGAGGAGGCAGCAGGCGCUUCCCCUGCUAAGGCCAACGGACAGGAGAAUGGCCACGUGAAAAGCAAUGGAGACUUAUCCCCCAAGGGUGAAGGGGAGUCGCCCCCCGUGAACGGAACAGAGGAGGCAGCCGGGGCCACUGGCGAUGCCAUCGAGCCAGCACCCCCUAGCCAGGGCGCUGAGGUCAAGGGGGAUGCCCCUGCCAAGGAGACCCCCAAGAAGAAGAAGAAAUUCUCUUUCAAGAAGCCUUUCAAAUUGAGUGGUCUGUCCUUCAAGAGAAAUCGGAAGGAGGGUGGGGGUGAUUCGUCUGCCUCCUCAGCCACAGAGGAAGAGCAAGAGCAGGGGGAGAUCGGUGCCUGCGGCGAGGAAGGCACAGCCCAGGAAGGGAAGNCACCCAUUUUGCCCAUCCCCCAACGCACAUCCUCUCUAGGAACCAGCGCAUUAAUGAAAAAUAAUGGACAGACAUCACUCUGUAAGUUUACGGUGUACAACGUGAUGGUGUGA